AUGAGCCAUACGAUGAAGUUUCUUGUGCCACAAGCAAGGCGGAUCCUAGGUCGCAAUACUAUUUCACGCGUUCGCCACGCCGGAACCCUAACAUCUCCUCACCGGAACAACCCUUUGCACCUUCGGAUCGCUACGGCGUUAGAUCAGAAAACACCAGUCGUUCAAGUCCUUGAGCAAUGGCGCGAACAAGGGAAUCAAGUGAAGCCUUCAGAUCUCAGAUGCAUCAUCAAGAAGCUCCAAGACUCCGAACAAUUUUCCCAUGCUCUCCAGAUAUCGGAAUGGAUGAGUUCACAUAGGGUUUACACUCUGUUUCCUGAAGAUGUUGCGUCUCGGAUUCAGCUGAUGGAGACGGUUUUAGGUCUGAAAGAAGCAGAGAGGUUCUUCGAAACCAUUCCAGAGACAAUGAAGGACUACACUGUCUACACUACUCUCUUAACCUUGUACACAAGAUCCGACAAAACUCUUGACAAAGCAGAAGCCGUUUUCGAGAAGAUGAGAGAGCUCGGUUUCCUCUUGAAACCUUCUCCAUACAAUCUGAUGCUAUCUCUCUACAGUCCCAUGAGAAACCAAGAAAGCGUCAAACAGCUCCUGAGCGAGAUGGAAGAGAACAGCGUCGAGCCUGAUGAUCUCACAUCGAACUACGCGCUCUCGGUGUACGCAGCUGUGACCGACAUCAAGGCGAUGGAGAAGUUUCUGAGUAGCAACCCUAGAAUCAAACUUGAGUGGGGAACGUGCUUAGACAUGGCAAAGGCUUACCUGAAAACUGGUUCGACGGAGAAGUCGUUAGCGAUGCUUCACAGAACAGAGCUGUUGGUAGAUUCCACGUCGAAGAAACCGGCUUACGAGGCGCUCAUGAGUGAGUAUGGUGCUGUGGGAGAGAGAGAAGACGUGUACCGGAUUUGGGAGCUUCACAAGAACACUGGUCAGAGCAAUGAAGGAUAUAGAGCUGUGAUAAGUUCACUCUUGACUCUAGGUGACAUUGAAGGUGCAGAGGUGAUAUAUAGAGAGUGGGAGCUUGGAGGUCUUCCGUUCGAUGCUCGGAUCCCUAAUACUCUUAUUUCUGGAUAUAAUGAGAUUGGAAUGGAGAGAAGACAGAGGACCUAA